ACCAACAUCCGGUUAGACGCUAACACAACAAAGAUGGCGGCGCCAGAGGCAGAGGAUGGAGUGUAUUUCGUGGUAAACAACAUUCCUGUGAAAUUUCGCUCUGCCGAUCUGAGAAAUUAUUUCAGCCAGUUUAUAGAAAGCGGGGGAUUUUUAUGUUUUCAUUACCGACACAGACCGGAGGUGAGAAUAAAUACCGCGGAAACAGAAAAGGCUCUGAAACAGACCGAGAAAAAGGCUGAGGAUGAGGAGGAUGAUGAAGGUGAGAAGAAGAGCGAGAUUAAAGCCGAAGCCUCGUGUUGCUGUGUGGUUUCUGUGAAGGCGACAGAAGCGGAGAGAUUUGUGAAGAUGUACAGCGGAAAUCAGUGGAUCGACUCGCAGGGAAACUGGCUCGUCAAGCGCUGUCUGAUCCGGAGGAUUAAAGUGUCCAGUCACAUCGAUCCAGAGGUUUUUCCGUACAAGACGAAGGCGGAGCUGAGGCGUCCCACGGCGCACAUGGAGCGUUUCACUAAAGCUGACCUACUUGCCAUGCCCGAGCUGACUCCGCCCGCUCUCAUGCCCGCAGGUAACGUGGGCACGCCAGUCAGCGUCUUCCUGCAGCUCAUCCAGUCCUGCCGCCUUCCUUCGCGCCUCAUCCGCAAACUGGGCCUCACCUUCCCCAAGACAGGCUCGCACCGUCGCUAUGGCAACGUCCCCUACCAGUACAACACGGCUGUGAUGGAGGCGAGUGAGGAGAGCGUGUUCACCGCAGGAGGGGUGGAAAUCUGCGGGCCAGGGAGCAUCGCUCCACCGAAGAGCACAGGGAAACCGCAAGAGAACAAGGAGCAGCCAAUCAGAGCGGACCAUCCAGAAGAGGGGGUGGAGAGUGAGGUGGAAGAGGAGGAGGAGUCAGGACCAGAAGAUGAUGAUGACCGGUGUGAGGAAUGGGAGCGACACGAGGCUCUGCACGAGGAUGUGACGUCUCAGGAGAGGAGUAAAGAGCGUCUGUUUGAGGAGGAGAUCGAGCUGAAGUGGGAGAAAGGAGGCUCGGGUCUCGUGUUCUACACCGACGCCCAGUACUGGCAGGAGGAGGAGGGGGAUUUUGAUGAGCAAACGGCAGACGACUGGGACGUGGACAUGAGCGUCUACUACGAUAAAGAUGGAGGAGACAUGGACUCCAGAGACUACGUCCGUAUGCGCUAUGAGAGGCGGCUGAGGGACGGAGUGGAACGGCAGAUCGGCAAGCAGAAGAUCGGCAACUUCGAGAAAUUCACCAAGGGCGUGGGGCGGCGUGUGAUGGAGAAACAGGGUUGGAAAGACGGCGAGGGACUCGGACACUCUCGCUCGGGCAUUCCUGAGGCUUUAGAGAACGAAGGUCAGCAUCCCAACUGUAAGAGAGGCUUCGGGUAUCAUGGGGAAAAACUCAGCUCUUUCCAACCUCUUAAAAAACCUCGACCCGAAUUUCACAUAUCGACCGUUUAUGACGAGCCGAAAGACGAGGACCGGGGAGACACACUCCUGCGCCGGCAGCCCAGCACCAGCAUGAAAUACACACACUGGCAUCCGGAGGAAAGCACAGAGCCACACAGCUGACACUUUCUCUCAUUGUCUGGUGUUUGUUUGUUUUUAUAUCUAGUGUUUGGUUCAGAUGUCUGAAUGAGAUUCCCUUGUUUUAAAGGGGGUUCCUUUUUUUUUGCAUCAUUUUGUGACUCCAUUUUAAUAAAAAAAAGGAAGAAGCAAAAAGUCUACGAUGGGAAUUGUGAGUCAGAUUCAUUUGACUCACCUCACCAAUAAGAGUCGACUCUUUUGACUCACAAACAAAUCAUUCAACUAAAACAAAAUGUGUGAUAUUUUUUUCUGGACCAGAGAUUAUAUUUAUUAUCUGAAAUUGUUUAAAGGAAUCUGCACUACAGAUGUGAAAUAACAGUUUGUGCUU